AUGUUAAAGUGCUAUGCAAAACACAAUACAGAUUUGGCGCAGGUGCAGUACGUUCUGCCGACGCGUUCCUUAGUCAAAUUUAAGGUCACGACCGUGGCGUACAAGAUGGCGGACAGCAGUAAUACUAGUUCUAGCGGAAAGGAGCUAACUUUUCGCCUAGCUUCUCACCGCGACUACGACGCCGUCAUGAGUAUAUCUGAGGGUAUCUACGGCGACAGAGACUACCUCCCCGCCUUCUACCACGCCUACAUAGACGAUCCUGACGUCACUGUGUUCCUUGCAAUGGCCGGAGAGCAAGUGGUGGGGCUAAGAGCAUCUAAGAUCAUGGAAAGUGGAACUGCAUUUAUCACGAAAGCCGCUAGGGUCGCCCCUGAGUGGAGGGGGCAGGGGGUUGACCGGCAGUUGACUCUCCACCAGGACACUUGGGUUCGCCGGAACUGCCCCAAGGUCAAGUACAAGCGAUCGGUGACGUUUGCAGACACCCCCAUGUCGGAAUCCAUGAAGAGAAAUAUGCACUAUAUUUUCAACUUGCCCUUUGUAGGCUACCAAUGCAGCCCCGAUCUCUGGUGGCGACAGGACCCUGCUCAGCUGGCUCAACUGGAGCCGACCGGCUUACCGGACGUCGUGCCUCUACAGGACGCAGACGACGACUUCUGUACGGCCGUACAGAAAUGGCUUCCCGCCAGGGCUUGUGGCGGCUACGACGGCAAACCCAUCAUACUGGUUGACUGGGAACCCUACACCCUAUCUCCGACUAACUUAAAACGUCUACAGAAACAGAGCACACUCUUUGCACUGAAGCAUGAAGGAGAAUCGAGUCUGAGUAUUGUAACCACAUACCCAGCUGCUGCAGGGAUGCAGUUGUGUAUCGAUGUUUACGCCAAAACCUUCCCCACUUGGAAGAAACACGUGUUAAAACACCUGCACGAUGCAAGCCGUACCUCCAAAAGUGACAACAUCUGCGCUAAAAUGUUUGUAGGUCUCUUCGAGUUGGAGGACUCGAUCCACGACUUCUGUAGGGACACUCUAAAGAUGGACGCGUUUUAUGAAUCCAGGAUUCGAGCGGACGUUUUUGAACUUAAGUUAUGAGGGACCUAACUUCCCAAGGCUGUGGCAUUUUGAUGUUACUUCCUUUUUUUAUCAGUCUGUGGUUACAGCACUCCCACUCACUGUGGUGACUCUAUUUAAAUAGCUACGGAGUAACAG